AGAGCUGCCAGGCCUCUGGCUCGCCACUCGGAGCAAGAGGGUGGGCCUGCACGUGACAUCAUCCUUCGGCAUCGCCCUCGCCCCGCCCCUCGGCUCCCUGGGGCAGGGCGUUGGCGGGGCGGGGUCGCGGUCGCAGUCAGCGUCGCUGGGAGGAGGGAUCGUGGGGCGUGUCUCCACCCGGCCCUGCGCUGGCGGGCAUGCCCGUUGGUUUCCCAGGGCGCCUUGUGGUACGAGUCUUAACAGCCGCCCCGGUGACGCGGUUUCGCCCCCAAGAUCCCGGGGCGCGGCGGGAGGCCGGCCCGCCAUGCACCGGCGCGGAGGCCCGAGAGUAGCGCUCUGAGGCCCCAGCCCCGGCGGCCCUCCUUGCAGGGAUGUUCAAAAAUGAGUAUCAGGGGGGGCCAUUUGUUGAAAUCUUCAGUGCCCAAGGCAAAAAUCCUGGAGCAAAAUGGAAGAUCUUUGGCAGUCCAUCUGUAAUUUGGAAAGAGUUUGAUAAAGAAGUUAAAAGUUUUGUCUUUGUCCUUGAAGGCAGUAGCCAAACGAACAAAAUUCAGUUACCAAAGGAGAAUAAGCAAAUUCUUGGCCUGAUCCAGCGGUUUCUUGUACUUCAGAUUUACGUGCCCCUGGGACAAGACUUCUCUACUGAAUUGCUGAUAACUGAUUUAGGGAACAUUAAACGAAGACUGUAUUUAUCAACGGUCCAUAAGGAGCUAUCUGCAACCCCACUCCAUGCAAAAAUUCCACUUUUUAUGAUCAAGCGCAAAAUUUGGUGCAAUCUGUGCAUUGACUUGGUGGCCUUCACCAGCGACAUUUUCAAGGGAGCCGUUUUCCAGUCUUUGGAUGGAAUUAUUGUCUCUGCCAACUGCAAGCUCCGAAAGAUCUUCACCCUGAAGUCCAAGCCUCGAGACACGGCUGAUAGAGAUGAUAUCUAUGGUGCUCCCUUCACAGCAGAGGAGCCUACGGAGAUCAUUCCUCGAAGCUGCCAGUUAACUACGGAUGUUCCUCAAGUCACACAGCUGCUAAACAUGACCAAGCUGCGCCAAACGGAAAUGAAAUUUGGAGGGCAACCCUUAGCAUCCACAGAACCAGAUCAGUUUAUUAACAGAGGAUCAGGCACUGCAAGAAACAGUAAAAAUCAAGAUGUGUCUCACAUUGCAUUUGGAUCCAAGGUGCUUGGACCACCUCCUCCUUCUGGGAGAAAACACAGCAUGAGAACAUCUGCAGAGAAUGUAAGGUCCAGAAGUAGCAGAACUUGCCAGCAGCCUACAAUAGAAAAAGGUACUAACAAGUCCGAAGUCUCAAGCCUACAGUUCUAUGAGUCAGAAGAGCAAGGAGACAAAGAAAAUAUUCAUCUUGAAAAGCAAAUUACACCCUUUAAUGCUGAUCUCCAUAUUAUGCAUCCGCAUCCCCCUCAAGAACCAUCCGCAGAUAAGAAUAAUAGUAGACGGAGAUUACGGCUAAAAAGCACCAGCAAAGACAGAACAGAGACACCCAGUGGGAGCUCCUCAGGAAACAGUCGUAACGAAGAUAUGACCCCAGCCAAGCUGACCACUGUGUCCCAUCAAAGAAUCAACUGUCCAGUGACAUUAGAUGUCUCCAGUCAUCAGCACCAAUCUCCUCAUCAAAUAGAAUCAGAUGAGUGGGUAUUUCCUGAAAAUUACAGAGAUCAUUUUCAUUUGGACUCCAGUAAACAGUCCAUACCCCUGGAAGAUGAUUCCUGUAAUGAUUCUCACCAGUUGCCGGAAAACUGCAAAGAAAGUGAAAAUAGCAUUGAAGGAGAGGAAGCCCAGAGUGCUCCAAAUGAGAUCUUUACCUUUUCCUCGAGGCCAAGGUCUGUGCCCCACGGCAGGUGUCCGACUAUGUUUCCAGAAGUGCGCCCUUUUCUCCUGGAUCUGAAGGAGGAGGAUGACAUUGGGAAGAGGAGAGGAGCCCAACUGGAAGAUGACUUCUGUGGUGGCGACAGCAAUGAAGAGACUUGGAGGGCUUCUUACUUUCGAUGUGGUCCUAUUGUCUCUGAGGCUAACCAGAGUCUAUUCACCCAUGACACCCCAGGCCUUCCAGUUAGCCUCAGCACGUCAGGGUUAUGUGAGUUCACAGUUUCCUCAGAGCUGCUGUUAGAGAGGAUGAGGAGGAAGGCUGGAAGCAGGACACAUCAAGGAUAUGUAAAAAGUGCUUGUGUGGGGACAGCAGCCGCUGAGACCUGGAGCAAUGUUCAGAAGGACCUAGAGCCUACUCUGUGCCUCUCUCCCACUCUAAGAAGGCCUGAUUUGUUGAAGGAAACUCCCAGCAGCAGCACCAAGCUCAAAGACCUUCCAGUCUGCCACCAACUAACAGCACCAUUGAACGAAACCUCCCUCAAAGAAAUCCCAGUGGAAAAUGCAGGACCGAUCACUGACACACCUGAUUAUGACUGGACAAACUACCAGCCAAGCCAAAUGAGUGAAUCAGAGUUACAGAUGCUGGCCAGCAUGAGAAGGCAACAGAUUGAAGAACUGGAAGAUACCGGGGUCUCCCAUGGUCUCAGCGCGUCUCAGGUGGACAAUUGUAAUGUCAGUAUCAGUAGCAGCAGCGAUGAUACCACCACCUGGAACUCCUGCCUGCCUCCUCCUGUCAAUCAAGGUCGCCAUUAUCAGAAAGAAAUGGAUCCUCCUUCUCCUUCGAACCCUCGCCAUCGAUGGAAACAAACCUGCUCGAAUCUGUAGCUGAAGUCAACAGAAGGUGGUUGGACAUUGCAUGUGUAAAGCAGAUAGAUGGUGCUGAGACCAGAGGUGUUAGAAAUAACUUCAGACACUUUGGGAAAGAAGAAUUCCCAAAAUAAAUGGCCUUUGACAAGUUUGAGGCUUAAAAAGAAAAAAAUAAAACCUCAGCAAGCUCAUUGAUACUCUUCUAAGUACAUGAGCAUUUGGGCCAGAGGAAGAAUAAAGCCUUGUGAUGGCUUAUAACUGAUCAGCUUCAUUAUCUCUUAUUUGACGGAGAUUAAAUGUGAAUUAGCUGGAAUUUUGCAAGAGAGCGCACUGCCUUCCUCCAAGCCCUUCAUGCUAUUUAUUUGCCAAACUAAUAGACUUAUAAACAAAUGAAUCAAAGCAAUUAAGGUAGGGAAGGGCUUAAUAUUUUCUGUUAAAUUAGGUUAUAAAACAUUUUGGGGCUUUUUUUCGAUUGGCACCAUUUGUGUCAUCUCAGUAGUGAGCCACAAAAUCCUACAAUCUGGGCGUCUCUUCAACCCCAUGAUGAAAAGAAGGUCGAGCCUAAAAGAAAAUUACCACCCAGCUAUCAUUAGAAAAGAAUUGUCUGCCAACUGAAAUCUUAUCUUGCCCCCUUUUUAGUGCAAUUCAUCUUUAUACAGCCUAAUGAAAUGAUAUCUUCUUCUUCACUGCUAGAGGCUGAGAAAAACCUAUUCAUUAGCCACUAACGUUGGCAGAAAAUUCUAUUAUGUUUAGUGUUUGGACUCCAGGACUGGCGUAUUCUCUCCAUAUUUUAUCAUUGCCCUUUUUGUGACCUCUUUAACGAGGCUUGCUAAAACCUGAAAUUGCCUUUCUUCGCAAAGUACAAUUAAUUUACAUUAGAAGUCCAGAGGGGGAAAAAGUUUUUUUUUAUUAUUGCUGGAAUAAUGGAAGAAAUGGGACCAAGCAAGAACCCGAGUGGCAUUGUGUAAAUUUGCUUGUGAUGUUCCAAAUCUCAAUGCUGGCAAAAAGAAAGUUGCACCAAGGCAUACAGUAAAUGAAGAUAUUAUGUAUUAGGGAUGGAAUGAAUCUGUCACUUUGACGGAUUGCGUGGCAAAGAACAGAUUAACAGAUUACUCAUAGUCAGAAUGCAGCUCAGUGUGAAAAAUGUGCAGGAAAUGAUAAGUGUUGGUUUGUGCUGAUUUAAUGAUAUUUUUAAACUACAAUAACACUCUCAGAACGUAAUGUCAUAAAGCACUUGCCUUGCAUUUUUUAAUAAUCAACAUAUUGCCAGUUUGACCUUAAAAUAAUUUUGAUAUCUUCUUAAAAUACUUAGCUUUCCCAUCAGUAAACACAGCACUGCCUGAAAUACCAGAAACAAUGAUCUUACAGAAAGCUUUAUAAUCAGGAUCUUUUCUCCAGCUAGCCCUGAAAAUGCAGGUUUUAAUUCAUGGGUUUUGCAUAAUAAUGUCACAUUUUCUUCUUCAGAUAAUUAAAUUUUUUUUUCUACAGAAAUUGUGACCUUCCAUUUUGGAUUUACAUAAAACCCAAACCGUUUUCUCCGUAGCAGUCCUCUAUAAAUGCUGUUGAAUUAUCUUCACAUUUCCGGCAUACUUUGUAUAUUUGGAAAUAUUGCCGCAUCUAUAAGAAUGGUUCAUAUACUUGAAUUGGCAUCAUUAGAAUACAUGGACUAUUUGAGAAUGAAAUGACUGCUUUAUAUAAUAGGAAGAGUGGCAGGUUAGAUAAUUCUGGAUUCUCCUUAGCAUCUGACACCCGAUCUACAUUUGUAGGAGAGAAACAAGAU